CUCUGCCCACUGCAACGUUAUCAAACUCGUAGUAACCCCGACUUAGAAAAUUGUUGGGACCGUAGGAGAAAACUGGAGCAAUCAUGAAAUUGGUGGUUUUAAUAAUAUUAAGCGUUGUCAGUGGAGCCAUUUCUCAGGACCCCGACACUGCACAUGGUUGCUCUCAUGGCAGCUGUUACCCUGCUACUGGUGAUUUACUAGUUGGCCGUGCAGACAAACUUAAGGCAUCAUCCACUUGUGGGCUUCGUAGGAGGGAGACAUACUGCAUUGUCAGUCACCUGCAGGAUGAAAAGAAGUGCUUCUUUUGUGAUUCACGCAGGCCAUAUGACACUCUAUACAAUGUUAACAGUCACCGCAUUGAGAAUGUUGUCACCACCUUUGCUCCCCAUCGCAAGAAGGCAUGGUGGCAGUCGGAGAAUGGAGUUUCCGAUGUUCGCAUCAGGCUGGAUCUCGAGGCAGAAUUCCAUUUCACUCACCUGAUAAUGACUUUCAAGACCUUCAGACCUGCUGCUAUGUUAAUAGAGCGCUCUGCUGAUUUUGGCCGGACAUGGCAAGUUUACCGUUAUUUUGCAUAUGACUGUACUUCUUCUUUUCCAAAUGUGCCCCGUGGUCCUCUUCGCCAUGUGGAUGAUGUUAUCUGUGAAUCUCGUUACUCUGACAUUGAACCUUCAAGUGGAGGAGAGGUCAUUUACAGAGUGCUUGAUCCAGCGAUUCCCAUCAAAGACCCCUACAGUCCAGCCAUUCAGAAUUUGUUAAAGAUCACCAACUUGCGUGUGAAUUUUACUAAGCUGCACACACUAGGAGACAAUCUUCUGGACUCUCGCGUAGAAGUCAAAGAGAAAUACUACUAUGCUGUCUAUGAGAUGGUAGUGCGUGGCAACUGCUUUUGCUAUGGACAUGCCAGCGAGUGUGCACCAAUUGAUGGCAUCAAUGCAAACAUCGAAGGCAUGGUUCAUGGCAGAUGUGUUUGUAAGCACAAUACAAAAGGAUUAAACUGUGAGCUCUGUGCAGAUUUCUACAAUGAUCUUCCCUGGAGACCAGCUGAAGGAAGAAACACAAAUGCCUGCAAAAAGUGUAAUUGCAAUAAUCAUGCAACAAGAUGCCACUUUGAUAUGGCAGUGUACCUUGCAACUGGAAACAUCAGUGGAGGAGUCUGUGAUGACUGCAUGCACAACACAAUGGGACGUAACUGUGAGCUCUGCAAACCUUACUACUACCAAGACCCAACCAAGGACAUCCGUGAUCCCAGUGUCUGCAGAGCAUGUGACUGUGACCCUGAUGGCUCUCUGAAUGGCGGAAUCUGUGAUGCACAUGAUGACCCAGUCUUAAAAAUGAUUGCUGGCCAGUGUCGCUGUAAGGACUAUGUGGAAGGACCACGCUGUGACAAAUGCAAAGCUGGAUUCUUUGGACUAAGUGCUAACAAUCCCAAAGGAUGUCAGUUAUGUCAGUGUGACCCACGUGGAACUGUGCCAUCUGGCUCCCAAUGUGAUCCAGUUAGUGGAGACUGUUUUUGUAAACGCCUAGUAACUGGACGUAGCUGUAACCAAUGUUUGCCAGAACAUUGGGCCCUGAGCAGUGAUCUCUAUGGCUGUCGUGCCUGUGAUUGCGAUAUUGGUGGCGCUCUCAAUAACAUGUGUUCUAUGGAGACAGGCCAGUGUCCAUGUCGUAGCCACAUGGUUGGAAGGCAGUGCAACCAAGUGGAAUCAGGUUACUUCUUCAUGGCCCUUGACCAUUAUACCUACGAAGCAGAGUCAUCAAAGCUUGGAACGGGCUGCACAGUCGUACAUAGGGAGUAUCCUGUAGGCCAGCCAGUGACCUGGACAGGAACUGGCUUUGCCAAAGUCCCGGAAGGAGGAGUCCUGGAGUUUCUUGUUAAUAAUAUUCCGUAUUCCAUGGAAUAUGAUGUCUUAAUACGCUAUGAGCCACAGCUCCCGGAAAACUGGAAGGAGGUGAAAGUCUCAAUUAUUCGCCCUGGACCAAUACCAACAAGCAGUCCAUGUGGCAACACUAUACCAGCAGAUGAUCUGCACAAGGUUUCUCUACCAGCUGGUUCUAGGUUCGUAACUCUGCCUCAGCCAGUGUGUCUAGAACAAGGUGUCAGUUACAUCAUUCGUCUAGAGUUUACUCGUUACAGCUAUCGAGGCAAGGUGCCCAAUGCCAGCAUUCUAGUUGAUUCACUAGUUUUGAUGCCUCGUUAUUCUUCACUUGAAAUGUUCAUCUCGGGAGAUCCUACUUCUAUAAAGAACAAGGAGAACUUUGAACGAUACCGCUGCCAUGAAAACAGCAAGCCAGUUGGGAAAGCAGUCCCCACAGAUGUCUGCAAAAAACUCAUCACCAGCAUGUCUGCCAUCAUCCAUGAAAAGGCAUUGCCUUGCCAGUGUGAUCGCCAGGGUUCUGUCAGCACAGAAUGUAACCCUAAUGGAGGACAGUGUCAAUGCAAACCUAAUGUGAUUGGUCGCCGCUGUAAUCAGUGUUCCCCGGGCACAUAUGGCUUUGGACCUGCUGGAUGCAAAGCAUGUCAAUGUAACAAAGAAGGAUCAUACAGUGUUUUCUGUGAGCCAUAUACUGGACAGUGUCCUUGUCGUCCUGGUGCUUUUGGUCUCCAUUGUGACAGAUGCCAGGCUGGCCACUGGGGUUUUCCUAGGUGCCGUCCAUGUCAGUGCAAUGGCCAUUCAGAAGAGUGUGACCAAAGGACAGGAGCUUGUCUAAGCUGUCGGGACCACACUACUGGAGAGAAGUGUGAAAGAUGCAUCUCUGGUUACUAUGGAAAUCCACUUCUGGGAUCUGGAGAAUCAUGCCGUCCAUGCCCAUGUCCUGAAGGGCCAAAUAGUAAUUGUUAUUUUGCCGUUUCUUGCUACCAGGAGCCUCGCUCAAGACAGCUGGUUUGUAACUGUAAACCAGGAUACACAGGCUCCCGCUGCGAAGAGUGUGCCUCUGGUUACUUUGGAAAUCCAUCACAGCCUGGUGGCAAGUGCCAGCCUUGUCAGUGCAACAACAACAUUGACAUGACAGACAGAAGUGCAUGUGACCGUCGCACAGGACAGUGUCUUAAAUGUCUGUACAACACAGUGGGCAACCAGUGUGAGCAGUGCAAAAUGGGAUAUUAUGGUGAUGCAAGACAGCGCAAUUGCAGAAAAUGCACAUGCAACUUCCUUGGCACAGACCGCAGUCAGUGUGCAACACGUGAUGACUGUUUGUGUGAUCGAUCCAGUGGUCAGUGUCAGUGCUUACCAGGAGUCAUUGGUCAACACUGCGACCUCUGCGCUCCUAAUUUCUGGAACUUGGCCAGUGGGAAAGGAUGUCUGCCAUGCAACUGUGAUCCACAGAAUUCAAUGAUCUUAAAUUGCAAUGAGUUUACAGGCCAGUGUCAGUGCCGUCCUGGUUUUGGAGGCCAAACUUGUACUGAUUGCCAAGAAAACUACUGGGGGAAUCCAAGCAUCCACUGUCGAGCUUGUGAUUGUGACCCAAGGGGUAUCGAAACAUCUCAGUGCAACAGAAUAAAUGGCCACUGCUCCUGCCGUCAGGGAGUAUCUGGUGUUCGCUGUGACCAGUGCGCUCGAGGGUUUACUGGCCAGUUCCCUGACUGCCAGCCAUGCCACCAGUGUUUUGGGGACUGGGACCGCAUAGUACAAGAUCUCACUGCACAGACCAAGCGACUAGUGCAGCAUGCUAAGGAGGUACAGCUAACUGGUAUCACUGGAGCCUUUGAGAAGAACUUUCGAGACUUGGAGUUGAAAUUAUCACAGGCUCAGGCAAUUGUGAAGGAGCGUAAUGCAACAGCCAGUACAGUGAACAGUCUCAUGAAGCUUAUUGAUGAACUCAGGACAAAAAUUGAAGAAACUACUGACAAUUUGACCAGGUUAGAAGGAGACCUUACUGCAGUGCAGGACAAGAAUUCGGGAGCCAUAAAUGACUUGAACACAUUGGAGAGAGAAGCACGAGCACUAAAUGUCUCUGCUAAGGAGCUUUCACACCACUUGGAUGUGCUAAAGAACUCCAACUUCUUAGGUGCCUAUGACAGCAUUCAGAAAUCCUAUGACCAGUCAAGAGCAGCAGAAAGAAAAGCAAAUGACUCGACUGUUGGUACUCACAGUAUAGUUGGCCAGUCUGCCAGUACCCGUGCCAAAACUGAACAGCUAAUGUCUGAGAAGAAAAAUGAUUUCAAUCGGGCCAAUGCUGCUAACAGACGUGCACUGAAUGAUUUGUCAGCUAGAGUGAACCUGCUGGACAUAAAAACAAUCAAUGAGAAGGUCUGUGGGGCCCCUGGAGAUCUCCCAUGCACAGAGAGCCCAUGUGGAGGAGCUGGUUGCCGUAAAGAUGAUGGUGGCAGACAUUGUGGGGGUCUUAAUUGCAAUGGAGCAGUGGCCACAGCAGACAGUGCCCUUGGUCGAGCCCAGCAUGCAGAGAGUGAUCUGCACAAGGCUAUGAGUGAUGUUGAAGAACUGUUUGAAAAGGUGGCCAAAGCCAAGGUGAAGGCAGAUGAAGCUAAACAGAAGGCUUUAGCAGCUCUGGAAAAGGCUAAUGACACCAAGGCUCGAGUAGAAAGAUCUAACAAAGAGCUACAGGCACUCAUUAAACAAAUCAGGGAAUUCCUUACUCAGGAGGGAGCAGAUCCAAAUAGCAUUGAGAUGGUCGCCAGCCGUGUUCUGGAACUUAGUAUUCCUGCCUCCCCAGAGCAAAUUCAUCACUUGGCAGAGGAAAUCAAAGAUCGAGUCAGUAGCUUGUCUGAUGUGGAUGCCAUACUAGAUCAAACAGCUGAUGACGUGAGGAGGGCAGAGCAACUUCUUCAGGAUGCUAGAAAGGCAAAAACCAGAGCAGAGAAUGUAAAAAAUACUGCAGAGUCUGUUAAAAAGGCGCUGGAUGAUGCCAGCAGUGCACAGACAGCUGCUGAAUCUGCAAUCCAACAAGCAGAAGCAGAUAUCAGUUCUACAGAGAAGACGCUAACUACGAUACAAACAGAAGCUGCAGGCACAGAGACCAAACUAAUGGAUGCCUUAGAUAAGAUUGGUUUGCUGGAUAGCCAGAUUGAUAUGUUGAAAGUGAAACGGGCAAACAACAGCCUGGUUGCACUACGAGCAGAGGAAACUGCUACUGCUGCACGGGAGAAAGCAAAUGAUGCUAAGAAGCAGCUAGAUGGGGUACUUAUGGAUCAAUACAGAAAAGUCCAGGAUCUUGUGGAUCAUAAAGCCAGAGGUGUGCAGGAUGCUCGACAGAAAGCUGAGAAUCUUCGAGACGAGGCAAAAUAUCUGCUUCAGGAUGCUCGAGACAAAUUGAAAAGGCUGACAGAUCUGGAAGACCAGUACCAAGACAAUGAGAAGACUCUAGAAGCAAAAGCUAAACAGCUUGAUGUUCUGGAAGAAAAGAUGAAGGAGAUUCUUGCAGCCAUCAAUCAGCAAAUCCAGAUCUACAAUACCUGCCAAUAAAAUGCUUCCUGACUGACUGCUGUACUGUAGACUACCUCAGAUGAGCUUUUAAGUCAGACUGAUACUGCUUUUGUUGUUUGGAAGACAAUCAUUGACCCCUGUGUUACUAGCACUCACUUUCUAUAUGUCCUGGUGCCUUUAUAUGUUUCCUGUAAAAGUGUUGUGGUCUUGCAUGCUCCUGUCUUGUUUUGCCUGUUAACUGUGGUUCCUGUAGAUAACUGUACACAGCCAUUCAAAAGGUACCACUGAUCACGGGGUGCUUGUCUGACCGAAUUAGAUAUUGCCUUUCCUUGUCAUAAAGGUUACCAGAAUUGUUCUGACUGCAGCAGUUUAUUUGACUGCAUAUGAAUUAGCUGAUUCCAAGUCAUGGCUGCAUCUAUUAUAGAUGACUACAUGUGUAUGCCAGCAAAAUAUUACAAAGCAUUUCACACAGCAAUUUACAAUGUGCCUCUACAGCAUAGUGGAUAUUUCAAAUACUUGGUAACAAAUGGCAGAAGCAUAAGUAACCAUUUAUACCAAAGAGUAGGUAUUACAUGUUCAGAAACGUGUGGGGUGUAAAUAUUAGCUGUGUUAAACACAGACAUGUUGGGGGAGGGGCACAGAGCUUUGUGUAAGAUGACUCAGCUGACUAUGAAGCUGCUAGAGUCGGAAAGCUAUAAGAAAAAAAAUACUCCAGUUGCAUUACAGUAACACAAUCAGGUAUCUGAAAUGUUUAUAUGUCAUUGUUGAUAGUUAGUGAAAGGUCAAAAAGUAUCACAACCCUAAACUACUGUUAACCCCACUUUUAACUUGAAGCAGUAUUUGAAACAGGCAGUAAUUAACUGUUAAUUAUGCCUUGUCUUUAUUCUGCAAUUUUUGCACUAUUGCAUGUGUUCAGAUUAGAGCUCCAUGUGCCAGCUACUCAAGAUGUGUUACACAUCUUGAACAAUGCAGUUGAAUACGAUUUCAUAUGUACAUGUAGCUGCUGUAGCCCCUUUCAUAUUCAGAAAACUUAUUUUUUUCAGUUUUUCCAGACAUUUUCAAUUACUGUAGUCUUGGUUUCCUCAUCAGACUGAUUAAUGUCAGAAUCAGUUUAUUCUUUUCUGUUUGGACAUUUAUUCAUGCAAGAGACUCACUCCAUCAACAUGAAAGGACAUCUGGAUACAAUAAAUAUUGUUUGCUAUGCA